AUGACCGAACCAAGACCCAUGCCUGGGUGCCUGGAGAACAACCAGGAGCCUCGAACACGUACAUGGCCGCAAAGGACUUUCAUUUGUCUAAGACCUGCCGGACUACCAACUGGAUCGACCACCGCACCUGACAUCCUGGACUACAUGAUUCAUCCCGGCUUGAUCUAUAUGAUCUGUGCUCACUUGGAACAAAGUUGUGCCAUGUUGAGAUGCGACUACAGCUUCUUCCACGCCGGCAUGGUGCCCUCAGGAAUGUUUUCCUUUUCUUCUCAAACAGGACCAUCGGACCCCUUGAGUGGUUCGUGGGAAACGACAGGAGAAGGUGCACAGAACUUCCAAGACUUCUCAGACAACGGAUCUGCCCACCCGGGAGACUCCGAGGACUUUUCUUUCCAAGUUGAAGGCCACAUCACGCCCCGAGGACAAGGACAAGCCGUUGAGGACCUUCAGAGCAAGUGGACUGCUCGCGCGCCUGCCACGACCGUGGCGCCUGUCGGUGGCGAGCCGAUGAGGCGGGGAACUUCAAGGAGUUCCACUGGAAGCCGCAAGCAACACAGAAUCUCCAAGAUCACAUCUCCCAAGGCCAGACCCAGAAUGACUUCUUCUGCGUCAUCUCAAGUAUCUGCACAGCUGUCCUCCAUGGACAUCACAGGUAAUGCUACUGUCUACGGACCUCAGACCAACGGCCAGUUGAUGGACGUGAACUCUUACUUCCUGGAAUCGGACACGGGCGCCGUCUCGUCCCAGUGGUUUAACUCCAUGGAGCUCGGAAUCGUGGAUGGCCUCCCAUCCCAAACGGACAUGACUAUGCACGUCGUGCCUGCUCAGAUGCAGCUGGACCCUGACUCCAGCCUUGGAGCUCACUCUCCUUCUGCCUCCUGGAACUCUUUCAGCCCCGCGGAAUCCCAAUUGUCUUCUCCUGCUCAGACCCCUGAGGAGUUGUGGCUGUCCGCCCCUCUCAUGUCUUCGCCUUCCCACUCGGAGCACGUUUCUCCUAUCAUUCAGAGCCAGUCUCCUAGCGCCAACGGCAAGUUUGGCCCUGAGCUUAUGGGCGAUGAACUCUCUGGAAGCGUCCUCACUAUCGUCGGUGAUGCUGCUCUGCCUCCGGCUUUCCCUAGCCGCCGCAACACCAACGACGGUGACUCUGCCCGGGACCACCCUCUGUACAAGAACGCCACUCCUCAGGCCGAUGGCCUGUUCCACUGCCCUUGGGAGGGAGAAUCCAGCUGCAACCACAAGCCCGAGAAGCUCAAGUGCAACUAUGACAAGUUUGUCGACUCUCACCUGAAGCCCUACCGCUGCAAGAUUGAGUCCUGCGAGAACGCCCGCUUCUCCUCCACUGCCUGCCUUCUCCGUCACGAGCGUGAGGCCCACGCCAUGCACGGCCACGGUGACAAGCCCUUCUUGUGCUCCUAUGAUGGAUGCGAUCGUGCCAUGCCUGGCAACGGAUUCCCCCGCCAAUGGAACCUCAAGGACCACAUGCGCCGUGUCCACAAUGACAACGGUGUUCCCGGAUCUCCUACCACCGCUUCCAGCGGCCAGCAGGUCGCCAAGGGCCGCAAGCGCAAGGACGCGCCCAAGGCUGCCCCUGCCCCUGCCUCCCGCAAGGUCACUGCCAAGGCUGCCAUCGUCGAGGCUGCCAUCAAGGAGGAGCAGUCUACCAAGCCCCUCAUUGACGAGUGGAUGUCCCACCGCCAGGCCCUGGAGGAUCUUGUCCGCGGCUUCACCCAGCCCGAGGAUGUCAAGAACCUCCAGCUCAUCAAGGAUGCCCACAACCACCUCUCUGCCAUGGGAAAGAUCGGACAGACCCUGAGCCCCCAGCAGGCUCCCUUCCACGGAAACUUCGUCCAGGCCGGAUGA